GGCCCCGCAAGGGUUAAGGCAGCGGAGAGGAGAGGUUUGGGCUGACGUCGCUCUGGCUGAAGGUGGUUCCCCUCGGAUGAGGAUGGGAGAGCCUGGCGAGCUGAAACCCGAGCUCCUGCUCAGCUGGGGCUUGGGGAGGUCCCUGUAAGAGCCGCCUGCUCCGGCCUCCCGCGGUCCCUCGGCAGCAGUCGCUGAGCGGGCACCGGCGCGGGACGAUGGAGCUGGGCUGCUGGACGCAGUUGGGGCUCACUUUCCUGCAGCUCCUCCUCAUCUCAUCCUUGCCUAGAGCGCCGACCUACCUCCGGGAAUCUAUCCAGUCUGACUCACCCACUCUGACUGGCAAAAGGGAGACGUUUCCCCUGGAAAGAGCCCCUCGGAGGUGAAGCGGGAAGGAGAGAAACCAAUCAAGAGCAAGGUUGCAGCAAGGGUGUCCCUCCCGGUGAAUGUUGCUUGUCACACCCUUCAGCACAGAGCCCCAGCUGGGGAGAUUGACCGGCUCAACACAGAUGCACUUCCUCCCUGAUAAGAAUGGGAAAGAAGAGAAAGCCGAGAGUACACGGUCAUUAACGAAGCCUGCCCCGGAGCCGAGUGGAAUAUCAUGUGUCGGGAGUGCUGUGAGUACGAUCAGAUCGAGUGCGUCUGCCCCGGAAAGAAGGAAGUAGUGGGUUACACCAUCCCUUGCUGCAGGAACGAGGAGAAUGAGUGUGACUCCUGCCUCAUUCACCCAGGUUGUACCAUCUUUGAAAACUGCAAGAGCUGCCGAAACGGCUCGUGGGGGGGCACGCUGGACGACUUCUACGUGAAGGGGAUCUACUGCGCCGAGUGCCGCGCGGGCUGGUACGGAGGAGACUGCAUGCGAUGUGGCCAGGUUCUGCGAGCCUCAAAGGGUCAGAUUUUGUUGGAGAGCUACCCCCUAAAUUCUCACUGUGAAUGGACCAUUCAUGCCAAACCUGGGUUCAUCAUCCAGCUAAGGUUCGUCAUGUUGAGCCUGGAAUUCGACUACAUGUGCCAGUACGACUACGUGGAGGUCCGCGACGGGGACAGCAUCAACAGCCAGAUCAUCAGGCGCUUCUGCGGCAAUGAGCGGCCAGCUCCCAUCCGGAGCACGGGCUCUUCACUCCACAUCCUCUUCCAUUCCGAUGGCUCCAAGAACUUCGAUGGCUUCCAUGCCAUCUUUGAGGAGAUCACAGCAUGUACCUCUUCUCCCUGUUUCCAUGAUGGCACUUGCCUCCUUGACAAAACCGGAUCUUACAAAUGUGCCUGCCUGGCAGGCUACACGGGGCAGCGCUGUGAAAAUCUCCUUGAAGAAAGUAACUGCUCAGACCCUGGGGGCCCAGUCAAUGGGUACAAGAAGGUAACAGGAGGCCCUGGGCUUAUCAACGGGCACUAUGCAAAAAUUGGCACCGUCGUGUCCUUCUUUUGUAAUAACUCAUACGUUCUUAGUGGCAAUGAGAGGAGAACUUGCCAGCAGAAUGGAGAGUGGUCGGGAAAACAGCCCAUCUGCAUAAAAGCCUGCCGAGAACCAAAGACCUCAGACCUGGUGAGACGCAGGGUUCUUCCCAUGCAGGUUCAGUCAAGGGAGACGCCACUACACCAGCUCUACUCGGCAUCCUUCAGCAAGCAGAAACUGCAGGGCGCCCCCACCAAGAAGCCUGCCCUUCCCUUUGGAGAGCUGCCCCCCGGGUUCCAACAUCUGCACACCCAGCUGCAGUACGAGUGCAUCUCGCCCUUCUACCGCCGCCUGGGCAGCAGCCGCCGGACGUGCCUGAGGACCGGGAAGUGGAGCGGCCGAGCCCCGUCCUGUGUCCCCAUCUGUGGGAAAACCGAGAACAUCACUGCUCCGAAGACCCAGGGGCUGCGCUGGCCGUGGCAGGCGGCCAUCUACAGGCGGGCCAGCGGGAUGCACGGCGGCAGCCUGCACAAGGACACGUGGUUCCUGGUCUGCAGCGGGGCCCUGGUGAAUGAGCGCACCGUAGUGGUGGCUGCCCACUGUGUGACUGACCUGGGAAAGGUCACCAUGAUCAAGACGGCAGACCUCAAAGUUGUCCUGGGGAAAUUCUACCGGGAUGAUGACCGAGAUGAGAAGACCAUCCAGAGUUUGCGGAUCUCAGCAGUCAUUCUGCACCCCAACUACGACCCCAUCCUGCUGGACACGGACAUCGCCAUCCUGAAGCUCCUGGACAAGGCUCGCAUCAGCACCCGCGUGCAGCCCAUCUGCCUCGCGGCCCCGCGGGACCUGAGCACCUCCUUCCAGGAGUCCCGCAUCACUGUGGCCGGCUGGAACGUGCUGGUGGACGUGAGAAGCCCCGGCUUCAAGAACGACACGCUGCGCUCUGGGGGGGUCAGGGUGGUGGACGCACUGCUGUGUGAGGAGAAGCACGAAGACCACGGCAUCCCUGUGAGCGUCACGGACAACAUGUUCUGUGCCGGCCGGGACCCCGCUGCCCCCUCUGAUAUCUGCACGGCAGAGACGGGAGGCAUCGCCGCCGUGUCCUUCCCGGGACGGGCAUCCCCCGAGCCGCGCUGGCAUCUGGUGGGGCUUGUCAGCUGGAGCUAUGACAAGGCCUGCAGCCACAGCCUCUACACAGCCUUCAGCAAAGUCCUGCCUUUUAAAGACUGGAUCGAGAGGAACAUGAAGUGAGCCGCAGGCCCGUUGAGAUGCUGUUCGGGCGUCCGUCCGUAGGUGUGUUGCACGAGGCAGCGUGGGCCUGAAGCUUGAUUCUGCCUGUGAACUUGGCUGGGCCAGGGCUCCUGACUUCGGGAUCGAAACUCAGUGGAGAGCGAGUAGAGCUCACCUUCUGGCAGCCCACUGCCUCCCUGGCUGCUGAGACCAUUUGGAAGACACCAGGGCUGCCAGCAGGAACUGAGUUCCCUCAAAAGAGACUAUGCAAACAGCAAAGCAGUGGCCCCCGUUCCACCAGCCCGGUGGCCUUGCCCACCUGCCCUUCGGUGGUGUCAGUGUCAUGGCCAGCCCUGGUGAGAGAGGGUUGGCCAAGAAGUCUGAGAUUCAUGAGGUCUCUUCCAAGACUCUAGCCAGACCACGUUCCAAAGAGCCGCCCAUGGGACAGCCCAAACAGCAGUCGGAUGUGGCCUUGGCUUUUGUGAAUAUUGCCACAGUAAAUUGUGGUCCUUUUCUGUCUCAAUCCCCUGUACAUAUUUUAAUUAAACGAAGGUUAGCUUCUGACCUACAGAACAAA